GGCUCCAUCAGAGGCUCCAUCAGAGGCUCCAUCAGAGUCUCCUCCACCUCUGAGCUUCACUGCGGCUGCUGGCGCUCCGAUGAUGACCUGAAUGCUGAUGAUCGCGGAGAUCAACAAAGGAGAGGAGAGGAGGAGAUGAAACGUUUCCUGAGAGCUGAGGAGAAUGGAGAGCUGCUGACAGACUGCAGGGAGCUGUCACACAACCACACCGCCUCCUCCUCCUCCUCCUCCUCCUCCUGCAUCUCCUCCUCCUCCUCAGCCCACAGACACGCGGCCCUGUCCUCGCUCCAGACCCGGGGACCAGGCGGCGGGUCGGAGCCGAGGAGAUCCGCGCUCAAACGCAGCCGAGGCGGCCAGGACGGAAGGGAGGAUCCGGAGGGGGCGGCGGAUCAUCCGGAAGCGCGUCCGGGGCUCGGUGUUCAUCUGCGGCCGCAGCCUCAAGGGCGCAGCGGCGGAGGCGCAGAAGAGAUGAUUUCAGCGGCCGGCAGGGAUGCGGACGGAAACAAUAACAGCAGCGGCGGGAUGCAGGAGCCCGGCGCGGCCGCACCUCCUGCGGCCAAAGGCAAGGAGGACAGGAAGGGCAAGAACCUGAUCCGGGGCUGGAAGAGAGACCGGGACGCACCCGUUGCGCCCGGCCGGGUCAGGAAGGAGAAGCCCGGCGAUGAUGGCCCAUCUCCUCCGCCCUCCUCCGCCUUCCUGCCGGAGCAUCACCUGGGCCCCGGACACUGCCUCGGCCCCGUGCCGGAGCCCCGGAUCCCCGCGGGGGAAAGCACCACCAUCCCCGGAGCCUCCGGGAAACCAGCGCCGGACUGUGGAGUAAAGAACGGCGCGGGAGCUAUUGUUGUCAGGCGGCUGCACGACGAGCCUCCAGCGGCCAAGAAACAUAGAGGAGCCGAGAAGAUGGACCCCAUGUUCACAGUGCCAGCCCCUCCGGCUCCAUGUCAUCCCGGGGCCCCUGGGUCCUCACUGCCCUCAGUCCCCUCGUUUUCCUCUCCGGCCCUGCCAACUUCGAACCCUAAGCCGCUGACAGUUAGGACGCGGUCGGUCGGGACCAACACUCAGGACGGAGGCUUUCCAGGAGUGCCGGACGGUGACCCGGCCUUAUUGGGGCCCUGUCAGCCUGGGACCAGCGUUAACUUGGAGGGAAUUGUCUGGCACGAGACUGAAGAAGGUGAGGAACCAUCAACUUUUGGCUUCUUUUUCACAUUGAAAGGACUCCUGGUUCAAUGCGAUGCCAUUUCUGCUCAAAAUGAGCCUGGUCCUGGUUUAAGUCUCACAUAUCUCUCAUAUACAUCACUAACCUUCUUUAAUCUUUCUAUAUUGGGAUCAUUGAAACAAAUGUGUUCUUGUCUCUUCAGGUUUUGUGAGUCCCCUUGCAGUGAUCCUGAAUUCCCUGGUGGCCGUGGACGAGGGAAACGGAUGAGAAUGGCCAUGUCGGAACGAUCCUGCAUAGAACAGUCCCAUUCCACUAAAGUCAGGGGACUUCCACACCAUCGGAGCCGUGGGGGCAGUGUGGCAGGAUCCAUCCACAGCAAAGGAAGGAGGGGCAGCCUGAAUCUCAUCAACAGCAAUGGCAGGGCGCCUUCCUCCUUUUUCAUGGUCGAUGAUGUUAAAUCCACCAAUAUAUCCUCCUCUAUCCCCACCGGGAAGCGAAAGAACAAACCCCCAGCUGACUUGGACCUUAGUCUUGUUUCCUCAGACGAAAUUAAAAACGCAAAUGGGAAGAGGAUCCGAGCAAAAUCCCGUAGUGCCCCAUCAACGCCUUUGGGCAAAUCUGACCCAUCUUUCAUGGACCCAGGAGGAGGCUGUGCUUCCUCCCCACCCCCACCCAUCCUCAUUGACUGCCCUCAUCCAAACUGCACUAAACGCUACAAGCACAUCAACGGACUGCGCUACCACCAGACACAUGCACACCUGGAGGCGGACGAGCAGAGGAAGCCUGAACUGGGCUCUUUGAAAGAUGGAGAAAGCGAAGAUCGACUAUCAGACUGUGAGGACAACAUCAGCAAUGUGACUUAUGAGCCCCCAGAGAAUAGCACAAACACUCAUAGCACCUCAAAGAAACCUGCUCCUCUAUACAAAGUGACGACAGUGGGAUCUCCCAAAAACAGACGAUUACUUCUGAGCACCGACCACAGCCCUAACGCCAACUCAAAAACCAGAAGAACCUCACUCCUGAAAGACGGCCUGAUUGACGACCUCAGUAAUCUUCCCAUUAUCUCCAACAUGACAGUGGUUUUGGAGAACUGCAUGGUCCCAGACAGAAGCUCUUUGGCAGAGAUGCCCAAACUGGAGGCCGAAGGACUGAUCGAUAAAAAGGGAGGUGUACCGGACAAAGGUAAGAAGGCCAAUGGAAAGGUUGAAAAACUAUCCAAGUCCAGGACUAACCGUCCAAUUGCUCCAGCGCCAGCACCACCAAAGCUGAUUGCCAUACCUAACACCACCUAUCCGACCAGCACAGCUGACGUUGUCUCCCCACAGCAGCCUUCCACAGUGGCUACCGUAGGCCUUACCAGUAAAAACCUUUCCCUGAAACCCAUUAAACCAAAGCUUAGCAUCGUAGUGGAGCCAAACCUUGUCAAAGCCACAGUGGUGACUUGCAAAGAGACCAGGAAAAAAGAAAAACGAAAGCUAAAGGAUAAACAUAACAAAGAGGCGGCUAACAGGACUGCCAAUGGUGACAGUGGUGUGAUCAAGGUGGAAGAUGUUGGUAUUGGACCUAAAGGAGUGGUUAAGGAAAUUUCUGGAAGCCUUUUGAAGGAGCACCUUAGCAAACAGGAUGUAAUGAAUGGACUCACAGAGAGCCAGGAGAGCAGGAUGGCCAGCAUCCGCGCAGAGGCCGACAAGGUCUACACCUUCACCGACAACGCCCCCAGUCCGUCGAUCGGUGGAUCGUCGAGACUUGACCCGAGUCUAGCAGCAGACGGCGGCAGCAAGAACGACAGCCCUGCCUACUCGGAUAUAUCGGAUGCCGGAGACGACGGGGGGUCUUCAGAAUGUCGCUCUGACGGGAUGAGGUCCAAGUCCAGCUCCUCGUCUUCGUCCGAGGUGAGCUCCAAUAGCAACCAUGCUAACUCUGGCAAAACCCCUCCCACAGCUUUGAAAGAGCCCCAUUCCCCGUACUACCACGGCUACGACCCCUACUACCUGCAAGGCUACAUGCAGCCAGAGAGGCAGAACAGCGGGACUGUCGCUUUCCACAAAAACUCUCCUCACGACAGCAAAGUAAAAGACCGGAGAGAGGAAAUGAAAGACGAUGAUAAAAACGACUUCUCUGAUCCUAAGAAAGUUGACGUUCCAGCUCAGUCUCAACUCCAGCUGGCUAUGAGUCAGACCCAGACAGCUUUAGCCCAGUCUCUUUACUAUGGCCAGUACUCCAGAGGACUAUAUAUGGACCAGAAGCUUUUACUGGCCUCCAAAUGCUGUGACCAGACCCUUGGUGCCAAGCAAAGAGGACAGGGGGUAAGGGACACCGAGGAUGUUAAACAUAUGGUUGGGGUUUCAGCCAGUGGAGCCAUGCUAGGUAAAGGUCCAGACGGUGCUAAAGGUUGCUGUCCCAAGCCGGUGCUUUCCUAUGUGGAGAUGAGUGAAAGGGGAGAAAGGGGGCAGAGUCUGGGCGUAAAGGUAGUGCACAGUGGCAUGGUGGACCAGCACCAGGUCUCAAUGAAAGACUGUGAUGACAUCAAGUCACCUUCCUCAUCCUCCUCCUCUUCUUCAUCCCUUCACAAUCCAAACAGUCAGACAGAUCUGGACAAUGUUUCAUUUUCCAGUUCCCCAGACGGUCCCGGCUGGGCACACCGCCUCUCGCACAGCAAAUAUUCAGAGCUACAGAGUCAGCACGGGGAGAAUGGCCAAGAGGGGGAAGCGGGCACUGGGACAGAGUGGGGAACCAAUGUGGAGCCUGCGGGGGCCAAGAUGACCCCAGGUGGUGUAGAUGCUAAAAAAUCCAAAGCUUAUGGGCUCCAAGAUUUCCCGGCCGUUGCCGAUGCGGAGGAUUCACACCGACACGAGGGUCUGGAGGACCAGGAUCACGACGCAGUGGGAGGGCUGGCAGAGGAGUCUCAGAAUGCCAGGGCGGCAGUGUCACCUCCCAUGACCCCACAGCAGCCCUACGUCCAGUACCAGCACCCCUCCUAUUCUCCCUAUCUGGCCAUGUGUGAGGGCAGCGGGGGCUCCUACAGGGGAGUGUCCCCGACCCUGGUCCACAACUACCCAGGUUUCCACUACCCGCUGUACGGAAAGACGGCAGGCAGGGAGGAGUCGGAGGUGACCCCGCCCAGCAGAGGGGAGACAUCAGGCGGCAGGCUGAUAGCAGAGUCAUCCUCCUCCUCGUCCUCCGUGGAGCUGCUGCAGCAGCCCAAUCAUCACUUCCAAGGAAAAUCCCCCGCUCCCGGUGAUAAGGGUUCGCCUGAGGGAGAAACAGACGCGGAACGGGAGAGAACCCAUGUGUCAUUUGCUCGACACCUCCACACACACCACCACACACACCUGGGCAUGAGCUACAACCUGAUGUCUGGACAGUUUGAUAUCUACCAAGGUCUGAGCUCCAGGUCGCUGGUCUCCAGUCAGCAGGUGUCAGGACACUCCUCAGCAGACAGUGAAGGGAAGAAGUAGAAUCAUGUGACCGGGUCUCACAUGAUGGACGGCAGAUUUAUCAGACAUCAAUUCCUUGGUGUGGAAUAAGCUUCGCCUCGCUGAGAGGCAGGGAACAAGCAAAACAGACAAACCUCUUUCAUUUCCUACUGAUGAACACCUACGGUUUUAUAACACGUCACAGAGGAGCAGAUGGGGCGGGGAGGGUCGGGUCGCUGGAACUAAACCGUUUGUCUACAAGGGUUGGACUCCUUCUAUAAACCCAGAUGUCUUUGUUUGGACAGAAACAGGCGUUUGGUAAAAGAGGAAACAUCCUAGAGCCCCGUUCACUCAGCUUUACCUCUGCUGUUGUGUUUAACUUUAUGAAAUGCACAUUUAUUGUAGUGUAAUAUAAUGACGAUAUGACUGAAUGUAAAAGUAAUAACUCUGUUCCAACUCUGUGGAUCCUCUUUUUUUAAAAGCCCGUUGGGACAAGAACAGCAUUAGGAAGCUAAAAAGUAUAUAAUUAUUGUUAAUCUCAUUCUGAUUAUUGAAGUGGUCCUCCCUCCUUCAUAGUGCUGACGCUACAUUUGUAUAACUAACCUGUUAUUGAGUGUAAACAUGUUGAUUGUAUUGUCUUUAUGUGGGAGUAAAACCUUCACCUGGACCCAUCCAGUGCCAUUUACCAAACCCUAGUGGUGUAAAUAUAUUCUGUACAGAUUAAUGGCAGAGCACUACCAUGCCCUCUCUGUUGAUCACCAUCAGCCAUGCAGCAAUGCCCAGCAGAACCACUAGUCUCCUCAUUUUCCCUCAUUGUCGGUUUUCAUAAGUUACAUAUUUCAUCUAAAGCUUUGGGUUGAAGCUAAACCUCAUUCUCACUUUUUUGAAAAAGGAAAUAUUGCAAAAUGGAUAAAACAUGAGAUAUGGAACAUCAAGUUUUUUAAAGGAAAAGUCCGGUCAGUACACACUGGAAAAAAAUCUAAAUUA